CCCACCUUCGCCUACAAAGCGGAGAGGCUCGACCUUCGCCUCUUAUUCCCGAGAGCUCUCUCUCUCUCUCUCUUCCGCGCUUGAAGGCGAUCAGCUGUGCCAUUGCCAUCUCUUCCUUCUGCCUUUUGUUUCAUUCGGUCUGCAUCUUUCUCGUCGGAGCGAUGAGAGCAGAGCACACUCGGAUGCCCAAGUCUUCUUCUUGGACAAAGACCGUUGUCUGGAAAUGGUUCCACUCGAAGAACGCAGAGUCCUCCUCUGACCGCAACACAGAUAAACUUGGAGAGCAACAAAGGAGGAAGAGCUGUUCGGACAAGGACAGCAGCGUGCUCGGAAUAAGGGACUUGUCAGGUGGGUGGGUGGUGGAGCGCUCCGGCAAUCUCGAACCUCCCCCUUCGCAAGACAAGUCACUAGCCGGCUCUUCUCUGCCCAUCGAGAACCUCCGGGUGUUCGUGGGGACAUGGAACGUGGGAGGGCGACCACCCCACGGUGGGCUCAACCUAAGAGAUUGGCUCAUGAGCACGCCGUCUUCCCCUGCAGACAUCUACGUCCUCGGGUUUCAGGAGAUCGUCCCCUUGAACGCCGGGAAUGUGCUGGGCCCCGAGGACAAGGGCCCCGCGGGUAGGUGGCUCUCCCUCAUUGGUCAGACGCUGGACUCCCACCACAGGGCCGCCCCUGGCGUUCCCGGUCGUUGCACCAACGCCGCGGAGAAGCGGAGGGUCAGCUUCCCAGACCUCUCGUCCGUUGAGCUUGGGCUGGAGGAGGCCGAAGAUGGCGGUGAGGAGUCGCUCAUGCGGCGCUGCGAGGAGUACCACCUCGUGGCAAGCAAGCAGAUGGUGGGGAUCUUCCUCUGUGUUUGGGUGCGAACCAGGCUGGUGCAGUGCAUCACCAGCCUCGAGGUCUCCUGCGUCGGCAGGGGCAUCAUGGGCUGCAUGGGAAACAAGGGAUCGACCUCCGUCAGCAUGACACUUCACCGGACCACGUUCUGCUUCGUUUGCACGCAUCUGGCUUCCGGGGAGAGAGAUGAAGAUGAGGGCCGAAGGAACUCCGAUGUGCUGGAGAUCAUGAAGAGGACGAGGUUCCCACAAGCACGCAGGAGGAUUCCAGGAGCAGCAGCACCUCGUUGUCCACGGACAAUACUGGAGCAUGAUAAGAUCAUAUGGCUUGGAGAUCUUAAUUAUCGACUAGCUUCCACAGGCAACGACACAAACGAACUGUUAAAGAAGCAAGACUGGCAAGGCUUAUUAGAGAAGGACCAGCUUCGUAUACAACACAAAGCAGGGGGAGUGUUUGCUGGGUGGGAGGAAGGGAGGAUAUGUUUCCCUCCGACUUACAAAUACAUUUCUAAUUCCGACAUUUAUGAUAUGAAUUGGGCAAAUUCAAGAGACAAAAGACGCACCCCAGCUUGGUGCGACCGUAUACUAUGGCGAGGGAAGGGGAUGAAGCAAAUGUGGUACGUGAGAGGAGAGUCGCGGUUCUCCGACCACCGGCCGGUAAGCUCCCUCUUCGCUGUACAGUUGGACGACGGACACCACGGUGUGGCAGCCGACCAGCACAGAACAGCGGGAGCAGAUUCAAGAGGCAGCAGCUCGCCGUGCUCAUCAUGGGGGAAGGUGCAGGCCGAGGAGAUGUUCCUCGUAGGGAGAACACACAGCUGCUUGGAAGCCAGCAGAUUCUGAAACCUUUUGAGGGAACCCAUUGUUUAAUCCCGGAGCUCAGAUCCUAAUUUGCCAUCCAAAGAAUACGUAGAAGCACGAGGGAGAAGAAGAGGCCAACUGUGUUCACAAAAGGUCUCAUUGAUUCAAUUCACCGAACACCUGGUAGGCGCGUGCAGAGAGGAGAGGCCAAAGGCGGCCUUCGCACGUCUAACCACGUGCUCGAGACCGGAGAGAAGGCAACCUUGUCAACUGACGGAAUCUAAUAAUUGUGGCCACCGCAUCGAGGAGAAACGGUGCCAUGCUUUUGACAUUAAGAUAGAGAAUAAAAAGUGCGAUGAUUUAGAAGCCAACAGGAAUUUGCAUACCGCGGCAAACCUAACGGAUGGCAGCUUUCGAGCUCCCUCUUU